CAGAAUCAAUCAAUCUGCACGCUACUGAUGUUGUAGCCACAGCAAAUGCUACUCAAUGCUGCCAUGAGAGACGACCAAACAACAUAUGAAAGGUUGUCCGUAAAUGGCAAACAUCCGCGAAUUCAAUGGUCCUACGUCGGUUUUGGUAGUAUUCUAUUUGCUGGGUUCUUGUUUCUGCUCUUCAGUUAUAAUGCAUCGCCAAAGGCUUCGUACAAAAUAGAAGUACUCAGCAAAUUGACAAAGGAUGGUGAGGUGGUUAUUACCCGGCACCUCUCUUCCAAGAAAACUACAAUUACAUGGCACUCAGAUAGCUCAGAAGAUGACGACGACGCCGAAAUGGCGUCCGUUGAUGAAGAUGUACCAUCUUGGUGGCGCUCAGGCAAAAAACCAAUAAAAACAAGUACGUCUGUGGUCAUGUUGGCGACAAAGAAUUUAAAACUACCAGAACACGCCAAAGAAUGCGUUUCAUUUUAUAACCUCCUGACAGAUGGUGUGAAAGCAAAGACCGGAAAGAGAGACUGGCCAAAGACAACUCUGACUCUGAUUGGAGCUUAUGCUUACCCAGAUUAUUCCGUGGUUACCAUCGAAGCAGAUGGAUGGUAUGGACAGAAAGUAUAUUGUCAUUACUUUGAUGCCAACUGGGACGAGUUAGGUUCCCCCGUCGAGUCGAUAGUUUUCCCCGAAUUCGCUGUUCAUUGCUGUAGACAUCCCAAGGCAGUUUAUAUGGGGAUAACCGAAAGUAAAGAUGAAGAAGUGUCUUUUGUGGUACCAGUUCUUGACAGAACUGUGGAUAACCCCAAAUACAAUUUGUCAAUAUGCCUCGCCCCUAUGUAUGGCAAUGAGAGUAAGUGGCUGCUGUUGGUGGAACUGAUUGAGCAUUAUAAACUGCAAGGUGUCCAGCAUUUUUACAUCUAUGUUAAGGAUAUCGAUGACUACUCUCGCUUACUCAUUGAUGACUAUGAAAAGAGUGGCGAUGUCGAAGUCGUAUACUUCAGAAAAGAGCAAGACCGAGUGGGUAAGGAAUGGCAACUUGUUGGAGUAGAGGACUGUUUGCAACGAAGCCGGCAUCAUUCUCGCUAUGCCAUAUUUACAGAUUUAGACGAAAGAAUCCUGGCAUUGGGAAACCAAACUCUUGCCGAAUAUGUCCCGAAAGCAAUGACUGAAAAGCCGAAUAUAGGUAUGCUUCGGUUCCGAACUACAUGGGUGCUACGUACCAGAAAACCACCAGAUAUAUAUGAGGGAGUGAUUACACUAAAGAAGCACCUGCCCACUCUUGUUUUCCACAACACAUCAGCUGUAGCUCCCCCUGGGCAUACAGCUAAGUGUGUGCUAGAUCCUCGCCGUGUACUACUCAUGUGGGUUCACUGGGUGUAUUUGUAUUUCCCUGGAUAUAACAGUGUUGAUGCACCACCAGACAAGGCCAUAAUAAGGCACUAUCGGGAUCUCAUUAAUGACAACUGGGGAAAGACGUGGAUACACGAAGUGGAAGGAUUUGGCAAUUUCACAAUGACAGAUUACCCAGAUAAUUUAAUGAGGAGACUGUAUAAUAAUGUCAAAAAACGGUUAGACAGAGUAUAUCGAAGUCAAAAAACCCGCCACCGGUAGCUCAGCUGGGCCUAUUUCAAAAUGAUAAAAAUACAUUAUAAGACAAACAUUUGCGAUAUAGAGCGUCGGUAGUUAGCAUUUAACUGGUCUGACAGUUUACUGUUUAUUGCUGUUGAUUUUCUUUUGUUGUAAUGCGGCUUCUAGAACUCGUUUUAAAUAUAACUUGUAAGUAAAAGAAUGAGAAAUAAAGGAGAAUAUGUGCGA